ACACUUGCUUCAUAGAGUUAGCUCUCUUUAUAAAGAUUAAGCGAGAUAUGAUUAAGCGAGACAAAGAGGAAAUAGCUUCGAGAGUCCAUUACCCUGUAAGGUCCUGCUAUACGCGCAGUAAACUGUCGAAAACAUGACUUCACAUCUGUCGUCGUCUCAUCGGAAACAAUUGUCCACUUGGCUGGGAGGAAACAAACAGUUCAAACUCCUCUACAGCACUGCAACUGAUGAAUGUGGAGCCUCUGCAUUCCACUCCAAAUGUGACAACUUAGGAGCAACUGUGACGGUUGCACGUAAUACCGCUGGAUGGGUGUUUGGAGGCUACACCAAUGUAAGCUGGGGUGUAACGUCGUCUUCUUAUUCCUACGAUGACAGAGCAUUUCUCUUCAGGCUUGACAGAGAUGGAUCUUUUCAACCCAAGAAGUACAGGCUAAAAGAUGAACACGAAAAAAGGGCGAUAUGCCAGAAUUCAUCUUGUGGUCCUUAUUUUGGUGAAGACCUACUUUUUUUAAAUGAGGGUCCUUAUCAGAAGGAAGAUGGGUUUUUCCCAUGUGAACCAGCAAGUAAACACGGGGCGGACUAUGACAUGGCUGGCGACACAGCAACAGAUUUCACAGGGAAUGAUCUCGAGCUGUCGGCAAUUGAUGUUUACAAGGUCCAAGACGCAAAUGUGGAGUUCGAUGAUCCGUGGCGAAACAUCGGCAAUGCAGACCACGGGAAGUUGAUGACACAACUUGAGAGAUACUGUCCCGUGGAAGAGGCGAAACUGGACCAUGUCAAUCUGUUGCUUGUGGGUGCAGUAGGAAGUGGCAAAUCGAGCUAUUUCAACACCAUCAACUCAAUGUUCAAAGGUCACGUGACUGGUCAGGCGAGGAGUGGUAGUACCACACACAGUCUCACGCAAGGGUUCAAGGUUUACAAAGUGAGGUCGAAGUCUGGCACGCCGCUGAAGUUCCGUCUGUGUGACACACGAGGAUUGGAGGGGGACAAUGGGAUGAAGCCCGAGGAUCUGGUGGCAUUUCUCGAUGGACACGUUGAGAAUGGAUUUCAGUUUAACCCAUUUACCAAGUUGGGUCCAGAGACAAGAGGCUACAGGAAAUCUCCAUCUUUUGAAGACACAGCUCACUGUGUUGUGUUCGUCGUUGACGCCUCUACUGUGGACGUAUUUUCGGACAAGAUCCUAGAGGUUGUGAAAGAGUUUCAGGAAUCUGCAAAUGCUCGAGGUGUGCCUCAGGUUGUUCUGCUGACCAAGGUGGGGAAGGUCUGUCCUUUUCUGGACAAAGACUUGUCGGGUCUCUUCAAAACCAUCACCGUGUCUGAUCUCGUUGACACGGUUGCCCAGAUGUUUGGUAUCCCGCGGAGCUGUGUUCUGCCAAUCAAGAACUAUGAGAAGGAAACAGAACUUGAUGUACGCGUGGAUGUUCCAGCUCUGCUGAGUCUCCAACAGAUUCUGCGUCUGGCAGAUGAUUAUCUGUAUUAUCAUGUCGAUCAAAAUGAUAACUGAAAUGUAUACCGUUUCCGAGUGUGUGCAUCCUUUGACCUGUGAAUGAUGCUUACUAGAAGACUAGAAGUGAGAACAUUUUAAUAUUUUAACAGUUUUAUGCUUGCCUUAUGUCUUGUAGCAGUUGCUCAUGGUACUGUCCUCCAUCUAACGGUACACGAACACGUUACGCUUGCUAUAAUAAUAUUGGCAUAUAUAUCACAUAUAGCAUUUUGUACUAUCGUAGUUAAUUGUGAGUCAUUAGAACCUUUACUGAAAUUUCAUUCUGUUGCGAAAAGGGGAUAAGGCUCGAAUGAAUUAGUUUCAGCACAUGUCUAUUAACCCUAAACUGUUUAUUUUUAUGAUUCAGUACACACAUUCCUCUUAUUAAAACAGUGUAUUUUAGCGGCUGAUGAUGUAUUCUGUUUCUAACCAAGAGAAAUAUUCUUCCCCGCAAAAGUCAUCAGAAUUUAACAAUGUGUUGAUUACGGAAACGAUGUUGUGCCCCAUUGUAUAUGGAGAGUAACAGUUUGGAAGGGUUCCGGACUAUACAAAUGAUCGAGACUAGUCGGGGAGGUAGGGUAGCCAAGGGGUUAAAGCGUUCGCUCGUCACGCCGAUGACCUGCGUUUUAUUCCCCACAUGGUUGCAAUAUGUGAAGCCCAUUUCUGGUGCUGGAAUGUUGCUAAAGGCGGCGUAAAACCAUACCCACUCACUCGACAUAAGUAAGCUUGUGGUUGUUCAUUUGCUGUUAUAAUAUUAAUUACAUGGCAUCAUACAGGUCAUUGUAAACUUGGGAAAGUACAUAUUUCCCUAUUGUAACCUUUAGAGCUAAUUUCACAAAUGACAAAAAAUCGGUAUUAUACAUGUAAAAACACACAAACUUAUGGAAAACGUGUUUUCGGUCGGAGUUGUACAUAUCCGUCAAUCACUCAACUACACCUGGGUCAUCAUGACCCCCAAGCCGUUAAAUAGCUACACGAGUUGUCUCCCUUGAUGUCAAUUCUCACAAUCAGCUGCUCGUGGUGUAUGUACAUCACUGUGUGUCCCGCUAGAUCUGUCAUGUUCCCUGCUGUGAAAUAACGGUAAGUGGUACGUAUAGUUACGAUACUCCAGGUAUGAAUCUUCUAUCGAACUAUCUAUUGACACAUCUAUCGAACUAUCUAUUGACACAUGUAUUGGUUGUAAUAACACUGAAUGAUUUCUGGUGCAAAUGUAUCCUUUUAUAUAUGUCUGUAGUUCAGAAAUAAAAGCAAUAAUACUUCAA